GCCGCUCCUAUCGCUGCUGUUACGAGUUACUAAGCAUACAACUUUCUUGCGAAAAUGUACCAGAUUUUCAGGCGUGUUUGCUCAAACCAUUUGAAUUUCAUCUGAACACGAGAAAAAUAUUUUUUUCCAAAAGAUAUUAAAAAUAUAAAAGGAAGAGAAGCUUAUCUCUGUGGUGAGAGUAGGCGCAAGACAAUAUUUAUUCAUUGAAUCUUGUGCGGAGAUUUGGUAUUGCGGAGAAGUGAGAGAUUCCGGGUACGCGUGUCUUACAACGCAGUAAUCAUAAAAGGAUAACUUACAACUGAAGUGAUGACGUCAUGAGACCGACAUUUGAUCGACGCCUUUGGAUAUUACUGCUGUAUUGUAACUUCUUAUUAGUAAAAUGCAUAAAACCAACAGAUCAACAAAUCAUCACACAAACCUUCUACGGCGUCGAACAAAAAACCCGGGUAUUAGCUGAUACAAGCCAACAAUCGGGGCUGGGUAAAAUUACAAACUCUUUGGAAAUACAUCAAGGAAGUGGGGAUGGUGAUGGGAGCUCCACAGAGAAUGACUAUUCAGCCAACUAUAAAUCAGAAAAUCAUGGCAUGUUCCACAGGCAAUAUCAGGAGGAUGAGGAGGAAUCGUUUGAACAGCAAGUAGAGAAGCCUCAUCAUCAACACUAUCAACAGCACAAUUUACUUGGCGAGCCACAGGUAAACAGUAUCAUUGGCAAACAUGACUCCCGCCACAAAGCAAACGUUCGAAUUGACAGUGAUUCAGUGAAUGAGUCCCUGAAAGGUCAUCAUCAUAGUAGCAACCAUAAUUUCGUUACGAAGUACCCGGUGCAGUCCCCAGCCACCCCACAUCAAGCUGUCGAGGACAUUACUAUACCUUCUGAAUUAUCUGCGGAUGUCGCCAAUCGGGCUGGUGGAGUCAUACCACGGUCGAGGACUGCGGCACCUGAAGGGCGCCACAACAAAGAUACCUCGGCUCUGUCGAUAUCAAGUGAUCUAGAAAGGAGCACAUCUUCCGAUGCAAAAACUGUCCUGAAAACCACUGAAAGUGAGGACGACACCGGUAAUCGUGUUCGGCGUAGCGUCACCUCAGACGCGUCUAGCUAUGACACCGCCGCCCUGGGACGCCCGUCGUCAUCAUCAUCACAAACUAAGUAUAAUAGUGUUAAAACAAUGGCAGCUGUGAAUGGAACUUUUGCUGCUGCUAUCAAACUACAUUCUAGUAAUGAUGUUAGCAAAGACAAAGACCGAAGUGUCGCGUUUAGUUCAGGUGAUAUUAGCAAAAGUGAUAUUAGAUAUAACAACAAUAACAGUACACUCUUAACUCACUCUCACUACUCGAAAACUUCCUCUGUUCCUUCUAUGUCUCAAUCUCAAACUUCAUCUCUAUCAUUGUCCUCAUCGCAUUCCGCGGGCAUGGCAUCAUCAUUGUCGGAUUCACAAAAUGGAGGUGAUGUCUCGUUAGUGAGUUUAGUGUCAUCCCCGUCAGAAUCGCGGCCACUAUCUCGCGGUGGCGUGUCAGAGAAUAUUUCGAAUUCCAACUAUCGAAGGAGUCGUAAUAAAGAUGAAAUUAAUGAUGCCAAAUUGAUGUCGGAAGAGCAAAUUAUUAUCAUCGAUGAUGGCGGUGAGGAGUUUCAAACGAACCGCCUAGAGGUGGAUAGUAGUGAUAUGGAUAGUACGAGUGCGAAUGAUUAUGUUCAUGAUGAGCCACGAGCUUUACCGUUGAGGCCAAUCAUUCGGGGUCCUUAUGAUGAUGAGAGUGGUGAAGAAAUGACUAUUCAAUACGCAGAGCAACAUUCGGAAAUCAAAAUGCUGUGCGAAGUGGACCUGGAUACGACUGCGAGUAUUUGGUUUAAGAAUGGACAGAUUGUUGAAACUGUCGAUCGAAAUUCACGCCCAACCGACUAUCGCUUCAUAAAAGAACCUCUCGGCGGGUUGACUAUUCGAAAUGUUAUGUUGGAAGACGAUGGAAAGUGGCAGUGUCGGGCGUCAAACACGAACGGAUAUGAGGAAGACGCCCGACCUGUGAAACUUAUAGUUCUGGACCGUCCAAAAGCUCCGUAUUUGUUGAUAGAUUCACGUCGACUGGAUGCGGGAAAUAUUUUUGUACCUGUGAAAGAAAAUUCUGAAUUAAAUUUGGCUUGUAUAAGUGAAGGUGGAAAUCCUAAGCCCACAUUGACAUGGGAAGUGCUUUUAAGUCCUGGCGUGGACCAUCACGCACAGAAAGUUGCUGCAGAGGUUCUGGAGCUGGAGGAAGUCAAAAAUGAUAAGGACAAGGGCAUAUACAAAAUAAAUAGUGGAGCGAAAAGUGAAGCCCGCCUACCCGCCGUAUACCGAGCUCACCACAAUGCUCGGAUUCUCUGUGUUAUGGAGCACCCAACAUUGAAAAUGCGACAGAAUGCGUCCCUCCUGCUGGAUGUACAAUAUACUCCAUCCUUUGCUAUUUCCCGUAUUCCUGGUUUCGGAUAUCCUCUUCGGGAAGGAAUUGAAGUUUCACUGAAAUGUGAUGUCGACUCGAAUCCUCCGAGUACUCCAAUUUGGCAAAAGGAUGAUGGUGAAACACCGGUGCCACAAACGGGCGAUGGGUUUCUAAACUUCACGUCAAUCCGAAGGGAGCACUCGGGCUGGUACAAGUGCUCUUCACGUCAUUUGAACUUUCAGUACUCGAGCAUUGGUUACUACCUCAGCGUCAGGUAUGAUUCGGUGGAUGUGACAUCUGAGCCCGAUGAUCAGGAAGUUUCUGUUGCUGCAUCGCAUAACCCGAAUAAAGGACAGCUAGAGGUGCAGCUUGGAGGAGCUGUAACAUUGCAAUGUCCACAAGGAUCCUUAGGUUGUUGGUCUCAUCUCGAUCCAGUGACUGCAAGACUUCGCGGCCUGGGUGUAGGUCUGAAUACACCCACGGGGCAGUUCUCUUUGAAAGAUGUUGUUUAUCAGGACGCCGGGACUUAUAAGUGCAUCGGACAGUCACCCACUAACAAAAAGAAGCUUGAAGUCCUCCAGACCAUCGGACUGUACGUCAAGGGAGCACCCACUGCAGUAGCGAGAAAUGCCACACCUGUGGCUUAUCCCGGAUCACCACUGCAUUUGUCGGUCGAAUUUUGUGCUAAUCCACCCGCACACGCAGCUCGUUGGCUCCAUGGGGAUCGAGUUUACACACCCGGCAACCAAUACGGGAGCACAGUCCUGGCAUAUGGUGUCACGGAUCUUCCGACACCUUUUUGCAAGGAAGCUCGCUUGACGUACGUUAGUAUGCACGAACGGGUGCCACGUACAUUUUAUUUUAUCGUAUCGUCGCCAGGUGGUGUAGCCGAGGCAAUGUUCAAGGUGAAUUUUACAUUACGCUACAAGACUAUGACCAAUUCCGUGGACGAGGAGGAGGAGGAGUUGAGUGAACCCGAAGAAAUUCAUUUUCCUGUAUUCGGCUCAUCAUCGAAUCCCGUUAGUAGGAUUGUUUUGGUAUCCUUCCAUCUGAAUCUACUGCUGAUAACCUUUUCGUGUAUCAUGUUCGUCUCUCAAAAUGUACUUCUGUAGCCAAAGAUAUUACUAGCUGGGGAUGUUGUGGUGGAUGUGGUCUUUAUAUUUUCCUUGACUGCUUCUUCUGUUCAACCCCUUUUUAUACACAUAUUGUAAAAGGCCCACUUAUGAUAAAUAUAUUAUAUACGCAUAUGUUCACGAUGACUUCUGUACGGAGGGGUUUAGAGCGGAAUUUGGAAGUUGCUGACGGACUUGAAAUGAGCUUCUGGCUAGAAUCCUUAGAAAUGUUGUAUUUUUUCAAGCAAUUCAUGAAAAUUAAUAAUUUUGCAGAGAAAACCUUCAUGUGCUCUGCACAGGGUAUGUAAAUGAUAAACUAGGUUGAGCCGAGAAACGGCUUUAGUUUUCGAGGGUUUAAAAAAUUGGACCUUCAUAGAUCCAGUAAACAUAUAUCCUAAAACGCUCAUUAUCUGAGAGUGAAUAUAAAUUUUACUUUCCAGAUUUCUUAUCUUUUCAUCUUUUUCGGUUCAAGAAAUUCAGUGACAACGGAAACCUCCAAAUUCCACUUUAAAUCGCUACAUCCUUGCGAAUAUAUUUUCAAUUCUCAAUACUUUGUACAGAUAAAAUGUAUUGUGUCCGAGCAGAUGAAACGUCAAAAGAUAAGUUUCUGAAAAAUGCAAUUUCCCAAGAAAUGAAAAGUGUUAACCCAAAGGGAUAAUAAUUUUUUAUAUGAAUUUAUACGUAUACACACUAGGAUAUUAAACAAACAUUAAAUAGAAAACAUAUAAAUGAUAUGAAUAUGAAAUAUAACCAAAAUUUAACAUUAGACUGUAAACAUUAGGGAUUAUUGGUUAAAUUUGUAUAAAACGAUGAUAAAAUUAAGAGAACACAAUUAAAUUAGCGUUGCAACAACAAAGCAAGACACACGGGGCUCAGUGUGUCGAUUUCCUGGUUCUUUUAUGGCUUCUAUAACCCAAUCCCACCAACAGAACGUUGUAUUAUCCACAAACUUGUUCGAAUUAACACUUUAAUGUUCAGCCAUUAGAUUUAGUUAAUUUUUAAUUCUUACGCAGGAAGAAGAUACAUGGACUAACUAGGGUGCAUGUCAGCUUUAUUUUUAUGUAUCUCAAAUAGUUUCUAAUCUAGAUCUAAUGAAAAAAAAAUGAAUAGGACUUUUUUCCUGACAUGCACACUAUUUAGCUUAUAAUUUAUCCGAGGUGUUGAUUUUUCGAGGGUUUUGAAAGGUUGAGUAGAUUCUGUAUAAGAAGGGAACAAAACAGUUUGAGGUCCAGGGAGCUUACAUGGAGUCCCGGCUUCAUCAUUUUUAUGGAACACCAAUUAAAGAGCACAGUUCUGUGGUUAGUGUAGAUGAAUUUACGAGUAAUGCUCGCAGUAGGCACCAUGCCUAGUCAAGAAAGUCUUCAUAAAGGAUAUAGCCUGCAACGUUUCAUCUCGGGAAUCGACCGUCAUCUUUGGAAACAUAAGAGAAGAUUUUGCUAUUCAAAUCCAUUCAAAUUUUCGCAGACUCGGACUGGUACAUGGUUCCUGAAGUUGACCGACAGAGAAAGACAUUGCUUAACAAAUAAAGCUGCUGAUACUAACCACAACCCUUAUUAAGAUUCCAAAUUAUGAUCUAUUAUCCUGUGGUGGAAACCUAUUUUUGCUAAUUUACUGACUAAUUGUCAAGAUGAUCUCUGUGCGAAAGACGCCUGACCUGAAUUUAUAUAGGACAACUUGUUAAUCUACGUAUUUCGGGUGAACCUAAACCAAGAGGAUACUUUUUGUUAAACACUUAAAAAAAAUUGAAUUUAGUAAGCUUUUUUUGAAUUUUUUAUUUAUAUAAAUAUUUAAAAAAAUAGCAAACUUUUCAAAUCGACGCUAGUGCAAACACCUUUCCGAGGUACAAGAAGUCAACUCUUUUCAGCCGCUUAAAUUUUCGAUGAGACAAAGUUCUCUCAGC